AUGGGAGGCAUUUUGCAGAAGAUGUUACAGGCUUUCUACACCAAAAAGCUCGAAGUUGUGCUCGUCGGUCUUGAAAAUAGUGGCAAGACGACGCUACUAAAUGUAAUGGCUAUGGGUCAUCCUGUGGAGACGUGUCCGACUAUUGGUUUGAACGUAAAACUCGUGAAAAAGGGAGGCGUUCAGAUGAAGUGCUGGGAUAUCGGCGGGCAGGCACAGUACCGAAGCGAAUGGGGCCGCUACACACGCGGCUGUGACGUCAUCAUAUAUGUUGUGGACGCUAAUGCGUUUGAUCAAAUUUCUCUUGCGCGAAAGGAGCUGCAUCGUCUUCUUGAAGACCGUGAACUCGCGACGACGCCAUUGCUAGUAUUGGCCAACAAGAUUGAUCUGGAACCUCAUAUUUCCGAGCCGGAACUUAUUCGAGAAUUGAAUUUGGACUACAUUGUGGACAACCCAUGGCUAGUGAUUCCCAUCUCUGCUUUACGCCUCGUCAACAUUGACCAAGUCAUUCAGUGGCUGAUGAAGCAGUCGGGCAAGGUCAAAAGCCUAAACGACGCUGAGAUGGAAAGCUUCUUUUUGCAGCAUAGCGUGAUUCGGGACCGCGACCCAGACGAGGUCGAAAGACAUGUCAAUUCUGACUCAGAGGCUAGCGACGAUGAAGAGAUCACGGACCGAGUGUAUUCUGUGGCAGAUCCAACGGGGCCUUGGACUCAAAGAUCAGUCGACGGCGAGACGUGGGGCAAGCCAUCACGCGGCUAUCGCAGUGGCAAGGCACGCGACUUUGCAUCGGCAAACACUGGACCUAAGGGAGUCAUAAACGACUACAAAACUUAUAAACAGUACCAGAAACAGGAGGUGCGCGAUAAAUGCGACGGCAUUUCUAAAAAAAUUAUCGAUUGUAUGCUUGUGCUGCAGCGUUUAAGAAAGGAAGCUGAUCGUCAAGCAGUCCUAAAACGCAUUACUCAAGGUGUAAGUGUCCCGUACACUCCAUCUACAAGUGAUAUAAACGACCAAUACAUCUGCGACGAUACUUCGGACAACGAAUACGAUGAGAGCGACUUGCUAGAUGAUGCAACUCUGACUCAAUAUGCUAAUAUGCGAAUAAAACAGAUGCAAGAGGUGGCACACAGUCAAAAAAAUUAUGGCGAGCUCGAAUAUAUCACUCCAGAUCGAUUCGUGAAACUAACAGGCAAUAACGAAUCUAUAACCAGUAUGCUAGUGCACCUUUACCAUCCGGACAAUUAUGCUUGUGGGUUACUUAAUUCACAGCUUGAAAAGCUGGCGCGUAAGCUCGUCCAUGUCAAGUUUACAGCAAUGGUCGCUAGAGAAGCGGACGCUUCCAUUGAGACGGUCGAUCUACCGAUAAUUUUGGUCAUUCGCGGCCAGCAUCAAGAGGUUAUUGUGGACGUUGCACGUCUUCUCAAUGGCGAGUUUACUUAUGAUCGUGUCGAUUCAUUCGUAAAUGAGCUCCUCAGAUAA